UCCUGACCUGGCGCUGACCCCGCGCGCACAGUUUAGGGAUUCUUCGCAGUCGCCAAGACAGGUGUCGUCGGGACGACAGUGCAGCAGGAACCUCGGGAGGUGUGUGCGCCCCUCUCCUGCCCCAACCCCCUUCUUGACCACUGAUCUAGCCCCUCUCCGGACUCCUGAUCCAGCUCCUCUAGGGACUGUCCCUCGCGCCGCCCCUCCUACGGCCGCCCCCCCCGCCCCCGGCCCCGCGGCCAGUGCUCUCUAGGGGCUGCGGAGCCUGGAAUAGAGCCCAGUAACUCCCCUGAGCCCGUGUGUCGGGAACCGCCUGUUCCCCUCCCCGCCCCCCGCGGGGCGGGCCAGUCCUGGGGCGCCUUAAAAACCCGAGCUGGCGAUCAAGUCGUAGCAGCUGUGAGUAGGUUCCUACUUCGCUGACUGCCCUUGACAACCCCGAAGACCCCCGCCGCCAUGGCCGGCAAGGGCUUGCAGGACCUGAAGCAACAGGUGGAAGCGGUGACGCAGGAAGCGGUCACAGCGGCUGGAGCAACAGCACAGCAAGUGAUGGAUCAGGCCACAGAGGUGGGACAGAAAGCCAUGGACCAGGUGGUCAAGUCCACCCAGGAAACCAUUGAGGAGACUGCUAGCCAGGCCUCAGAGGCCUUCUCUGGUUUUGGGAAAAAACUGGGGUUCCUGAAAUGACAGAAGGGAGACAUGGAGUAACCCCCCUUCAGGCCCUCUCCAGAAGAACCUGGCUCUGAACUGUGGUCUGCCACUGCCCCCUUGGCCUGCCUCCUCAUUAAAGCACAUAUUCCCACCCUGUGUCCGCGUCAUUCCUCCUCCAAGCUGGGCCCAGCCCUCGACCCACACAAGAGCAGAGCCCCCAUUGCCAGACACCCAGCUCCAACUCCAGAGUCCUGGCCUUCCAAAUUCGGAAACCCAAACAGACUGCUCGGAAGCCGGUUUCCCAUCCUCUCAAUCCUGAGUUUAAAUUCAACCUCCUGUCUAGGUAUGGGAAACCCUAGUGGCAUAGUGGUUAAGUGCUAUAGCUGCUAACCAAAAUGUUGGCGGCGCUCCUUGGAAACUCUAUUGGGCAGGUCUUUGUCCUAUAGGGUCGCUAGGAGUCGGGAUCAACGGCAGCAGGUUUUUUUGGUCUAGGUAUGUGCCCCUCCCCGAUCCUCUCAGGAGCCAGCCCUCCCUUCCAAAGCCGCCCCACUUGCUCCGGGAGCCCAGCGCCUCCUAGCCGGGGGUGCUGAGCUCCCAGGUCUUCCGAGGGCCGAGGCCUCGCCGGGUGUCAGUGCGCGAGCUCCACCCGCUGAUGAGUCACACCCGCUGAGUCACCGCAUCCGAAGGCCCGGCCAGGCCC